UCUUCAGGAGCCCUGCUCUGGAAUGUGGGCAAGUUGGGAAAAGACCUCACCGAUAACUCUACACUUACAAAGCCGCUGAGUGGUACAGAAAAUACAGAAGACAACCCUGAAACAAAUGAAGUAAAGAGUUAAUGAAUCCUCCAAGAAGCUUUAAGUUUGCACAGAGAAAUCAGAGAGGGGAGUUUCACCAGUACAUUUCUCUGGCCAAACCCACAGAUAAAGAUUAACUGAAAGUCUUCAGGGACAGCAAACAGAACAAUGUUACUGUGAGGCCAAGUGUUGUUUUGCCAUUUGUUCUCUGUAUGUUACCAUGGAGUACAAGUGCUGCUUGUGGGUACAAGAAGAAAUAACCUUAUAUUCGUACCCUACAUUUAUCUCGGACACAUCCUGAAGUUUAAACAGUUCAUAGUGCUCUUCUUUUGUACUGGACCAUUCCACUGCUUUCUUAAUGGAAAUCCCUCCAUCUGGGGACACUCCACUGACACCUUUGUUUAAGACCCGCUGCAGAGAUUUCCGAGAUGAUCCCCCCAAAGGAGAUUUCCCUCUUCGGAAAAAAUCCCCGAAACUCUGUGGCUCCAACUACCCUCUGAGCAUUGCCUUCAUUGUGGUGAAUGAGUUCUGCGAGCGCUUCUCCUACUAUGGCAUGCGAGCUGUCCUGACACUGUAUUUCUUGAGCUUCUUCCACUGGGAUGAGAAUCUCUCCACCGCUGUGUACCAUGCCUUCUCUGCGCUAUGUUAUUUCACACCUGUCAUCGGCGCCAUCAUGGCAGACUCAUGGCUGGGCAAAUACAAGACGAUCAUCUACCUCUCCAUUGUGUAUGUUGUUGGCCAUCUGAUAAAGUCAGUCGGUGCCAUUCCAUCCCUGGGCAACCAGGCGGUUCAUGUGGUCCUGUCUAUGGUUGGUCUGUUUUUGAUCGCCCUUGGAACAGGAGGUAUCAAGCCCUGUGUCUCUGCAUUUGGAGGGGACCAGUUUGAAGAGGAACAUACCUCGGAGAGAAGCAAGUUUUUUUCCAUCUUCUAUUUAUCCAUUAAUGCUGGAAGUUUGAUCUCUACGUUUGUAACUCCUGUAUUAAGAGGGGAUGUGAAAUGUUUUGGAGAGGAUUGUUAUGCACUGGCUUUUGGCGUCCCAGCAGCACUGAUGGUGUUGGCGCUUGUUGUGUUCAUUGCUGGAAGUGGACUGUACAGAAAAACACCACCACAAGGGAACGUCUUACUGGAAGUGUGCAAAUGCAUCGGUUUUGCUAUUAAAAACCGGCUGAAAAACCGCUCCCGUGAGAUUCCAAAGAGGGAUCACUGGCUGGACUGGGCAUCAGAAAAAUACUCGAAACAGCUGAUUGGGGAAGUUAAAAUGGUCACACGUGUUCUCUUCCUCUUCAUACCACUGCCAAUGUUCUGGGCCCUGUUUGAUCAGCAGGGAUCCAGGUGGACUUUGCAAGCCACAAAAAUGAAUGCUGAUUUUGGAAUAUAUGUCCUUCAACCUGACCAAAUGCAGUUCUUAAAUCCACUUCUUAUUCUUGUCUUCAUCCCAAUUUUUGACCUUGGGCUCUACCCCCUGAUAGACAUGUGCAAAUUUAAUUUCACACCUAUUAGAAAAAUGGCAACAGGUAUGAUCCUUGCAGGGCUGGCGUUUGGACUUGCAGCUAUUAUAGAAAUCAAAAUAAAUGAAACUGAUAUGCCUCGACUUGUCCCAGAAGAAAGUUUAAUUCGGGUCCUGAAUUUGGCAAAGAACCCUGUUCAAGUGACAAUCCAGGAAAAGGACCUAUUUCAGCAGCCUGUGGAGACUUUUCAGAACCCAGCUGAAUACUCAAAAUUAAUAUUGAAUGGAGAGCAACAGAGCCUUCGCUUCACCCUGCAACAUCAAGGAUUGACUCUUGCUUUUAACUACACCGUGAAGGAAAAAUCAGUAUACAGCUUAAUUGUUUUUGAGGCAGAAGGAAGCCUAUCAAGCCGCUUAAUUACAGACUUGGAAGCAAAGCCAGAAAAUGGUUUGGCAGCUGUUAGAUUCAUUAAUGGUUUGAGCCAAGAUGUCAACCUCACCAUUGAUAGCAGAAAGUUCAUUGCUGUUCAGAAAAACUACAGCCCUUCUGAGUACUCACUGCUGGAGAGGGACAUAUAUAAUAAUGGAAAAUGCAUAACUGAAACAGGAGAGUUCCCCCUGGAGCUGGGGCUGCUCGACUUUGGCGCCUCAUACACCAUUGUGAUAACUAACAUAUCUGGAGGUGCUGUUAAAACAUGGAAGUCAGAAGACAUCAAAGCCAACAAUGUCCAUAUGGCUUGGCAGUUACCACAAUACUUACUAAUAUCUGCUGGGGAGGUGAUGUUCUCCAUUACAGGCCUGGCCUUCUCCUAUUCUCAGUCUCCAGCCAGCAUGAAGUCGGUGCUGCAGGCAGGCUGGCUGCUCACGGUGGCUGUGGGGAAUACCUUUGUGCUCAUUGUUGCUGAAGCUGCACCAAUGGCACAGUGGGCUGAAUUUGUCUUGUUCACUGUUCUCCUCUUUGCUGUGUGCAUUAUUUUCUCCAUCAUGGGAUAUUUCUAUGUCAGUGUGGAUCCAGAGGACCUAGAAGAAAAGGAAGAGAAGAGAGAGACCUCAAGCAGAGGAAACAUGAUUGGUCUCGUUACUCAGAAAACAAAGCUCUAACACAUGAUGAGUUGGGAUUUUUUUUUAAACUCAGUUAUGAAAGGGUAAAAGAAGGGUGGGGACAGUGUUAUUUUAUUUUAGAACAUUGCAGUCUUUAUUACACAAUAUGUAGCCACCUUAUAAAUGGGACCAAAUAGCCCUCUAUAAAAACAAUGGGGGUCCUGAAAUCAGAGCAAAACUCCCUGGGAAAGCUCUUCUGGUAUUAAAAGCCCUUAUUAGUAAUUACAGUGUAAAUUGAAACCUGCCCAUCUUUUUAAGUAUGGAAUGCUUUCCUAUGAUUUUCUCUUAAACAUAUAUUUAGGGCAGCAGGGAGGAAGGGUGAAAGGAGUGCUGUAUGACAGAAAAAUUCGGAGAUGUCAGGAGAGAAGAAAGAAAACCUAGUAUAGGAGUUAAGGAAGAAUAGAUGUUAGUGACAGAAGAAUUUUUAAUGCUGUCGUCAAAGACUGUAAAGGUUACACACAGUCCCACAGGAUUUCAUCAUGUAACUCUCCCUAUGAGCAUUUCAUCCCAUUAUUGCCUGUUAUGAAUGGUUCUGAUUUAUGAUUUACACCUCCAGCUCGGAAGUAAUAACAGGGAAUUAAAUUCUGCAGGCUAAAAUAUUCCCAAAACACUACUGACAAAGAUAGUCUUGCUACCAUCUCUCCAAUACCCAUUUUUUCCUAGAAGUUUUUAGCAAUUGAUGGUGUUCUUUGAUUAGAUGUGAUUAGAGAAUUGGUUUAUGCUUUCUUAUUUCAGAAUUCUAGACAGUUAUUUGCCAUCUUCCUAUACAUUAAGCCAUUACUGGGCAUUUCCUUUUACAGCAUCUGUCACUGCAAGUUAGGAUGUGGUUGAUUUCUUAUCUCAUACUUCAGUUAUUCCCUACUGGGAGACAAGUUGCAGUAGUUUCUAUAAAAUUCCAGGCAUCCUGCGGUGAGUUAAACAAGGAUGCACUUUAUCAUUUUUUCUGUCUACAAGAGGAGGCCAUGGCAUAUGAGAUUUUUGUUUUUCAUCCUCGUUUUUAUGUCUCUACCAAAUUUUAGAUAUAGCUAUUUUACUGGAAUAGUGAUAUAAUUGUUUGAUUUUCCUCGAUUGCAUGAAGCUGUGAUUUUAUGUUCUGCAUGGAAGUAAUUCAGCCAUUGCUGAUCUAGUAAAACUCCUGAGAGAAACCCUGCCUUCCUCUAUCACUCCAAGGCUGCAGUUGUAACAGGUAUGGCCUAAUUUAAAACCAGGUUGUCAAUAGGAUCUUCAGGUUCACAGAGAAUAGAUUUUAAAUUAUGCCUUCUUCUUCCGUCUUGGCAUUGUGCAUAGGUGGUUGCUAAUACUUUGAUUCAGGAGAUCACGAAAUACAUGUUUAAUUUCAUUCCUGUUCAGGACAGUGCUAGGAAAUAUACUUAGUUUCAGUGCUCCUUUAAUGUGCUGCCAUGUGUGUGUAUGUCUUCUUGUGCAAGACUGAGAAAACACCGCUUUUUGGUUUCUAACUGGAAGACUCACAGCCUACGAUUGUUUCCCCACCUUCUUAUUCUAAAUGGAAUUCCACCACUAGUUCUGCACAAGCUCCUGCCCACUGUCAAAUAGCAUCCAGGUCCUCUGCCAGAGGGGGAUCAUGAUCUCAGAUAAAUGGGAGCAGGCUGUGGGUGUGCACACAGGAACACUUGAUGUGGUUCAGUCAAUGCAGAGCCAUUUAUUAAGCUGUGGUAGCUGGAUCCAGGGAGCUGAACCCUGUGACUGUGGGGAAUGAAGGGCAUUGAAAGCCAUCUAUUAGGUCAUCCAACCUGCUUCUCAGAAGCCAAGUGAGGAUUAUUCCCCUCUAUUCCUUUCUGGUAUUGUUCUCCUGCUGUGAUUCUUUGUGUGCGUUCUUUCUCCUCCAAGCAUUGUUGUUUUCCUAAUCCCAUUUUAUGAUACACUGUGAAUCAGCUCAGAGGCUGCUGAAUCAUUCUGCUAUGAUGCUGUUUGACCAGCUUCCAACUUGAAGCACUAAUAGAAAGCAUUUCUUCUUUCACCCACUGCAAACAAAAAUCCCCAAACUGAAGGAAUGGCCAGGUUCCAGUUACACUGAACAAACACAAUUUAGAAUUAUUGGAGCAUUUAAUUUUUUAUAAGCCUAGAAUUUGGAAGUAUGUUGGGGUUCGAGGGCAUAUGUGGUGAGGAGACAAUUGAAAAUUAUUGGAGCACUUUCCUUAGGAAGCACUUGGUAAGCAGUUCAAAGUGGCAUGAGGGAAAGCAAGGUAUCCAAAUCUCUGAGGCUACAUAUGCCUAAGAACUUCUUGAUUUUUUUUUUUGUUUUAUUUCCUUAUUGGCAGCACUACCAGAAGCUGUCACACACUCUGAGCUUUAUUUAAAGGAAAUGUUCCAAACUCAUAAAAGAUACAUUUAGGAUGUCAUCUGUAUCUGCUUUUUAGACUCCUGAUGCCAAAUUGCCCCUUUCCAAACAUCUCCACGUUCCAAACUAUCACCAUAAUGCUGGGGGGAAGAAAAGUUGCAAUUCACAUUUGGGAAGGUUAUGAACAGGAAGGCAAUGUUAUAAAUAAAGUGUUAACAUGAGGCUGGGGGCUGCUUCUGCAGCCCCUCCCAGAAACUGCUUGCUUGAGGGACUGUAAGGCUCUGUUCACAUUUUCCUUCCAGCUGACACAAUUACUUCUUCUCACCUGCUUGUCAUGACCUGUUGGAAGCUUUGCCCUCCUCUGAUCUGCCUGCUUGGUUGCUGGUAUGAUCCUUCCCCACCGUUUAAGCUGCAGCUGUAGCUUUGCUAAAUUAGACCCAUUUAUUUGGAGUGCACCAGCAGUGAGGAGGGAUUUCCACCGGUCAUGCUCACAAACAGCCAGGAGCUGGGUGGGGGGUGUAGUGACCAGCUGCUUCUGCUGCAGCUGAAGGUCGCAAAAUAGCCCAUUCAGCAUAGCACUUCUCCAGUUUUACAGCCACAGCUCCGUCCUCAGAGCCCUUUCUUCACUUGUCAGUGGACUCAAGACUGGAUCAAAGAUUUUGGAUCUGACUCUGUGCAGUAGUGAGACCUCUGGGUUUUUUUUCUGUACAGCUAGGUCAGAGAUAGGUUAAGGCUCAGCUCUUAACCCCCAAAUUUAGAAAAAUAUUCCUUAUUCCUCUCAGUUAUUUGAUUUAGGAUCAGAGAGAGAAUCCAAAGUAUAUGCAUAUGUAAAGCUCUAUGACCUCCUACAGAUAGCAGCCUUCUGCCAGUCCAGCUUCACCUGUCACUGAAGAGUCUCAGCUGCUGGUGGAGCUUGCCCUGGAGCAGAUUAGGGAAAGCUCACACUAGUUGACCUACAGAAAUUACCAUCUCCAGCUAAGGGACAGUAAAGAGGUGGUGAGGGUCUGUAUGUGUGUUGCUGCACAAGCCUUCAUGGAGAUUCCAGGCUUCAGUCUGGAACUAUGUGUGUUUUUCUGUUUUUCUGGAGGGUACUUUCUGAUAAAGAUUUUUUGUGCAGCACAUUUCCUUUCGUUUGCACUGGUUGUUACCAUUUUUCCCCGUAGCAGGUUGGAAGUGUGGCCAGUGUUAUUUCCAGUUUUGCAUGAGAUAAGCAUAAAAGUGAUAUUUCAAACUCAGCAGAACAACAUCUCAGCUGUGGGUUCCUUAAAUUUACCUCUUCUUUCUGAGGCAGUCAAAUGCCUUUAGGUAGCAAGCUUCUCUGUACAGCUAAAAGGGCUGGCGUCUCUCAUUUCUUCCAUCUCCCUUUCACCAUAGCCCCAGAAUUCCAGAAGAUGAGUUUUAGAGGAUUCCAGAAGAGGAGUCCUGGGAGGGCAGCAUGGGACUGGCUUGGAUGCAACUGGUGUGUGCUGUCAGUACUGACUGGGAAGCAGGAGCCUGGAUCGAGAGCUGGUUCCUCUCUGGAUACCCAAAUGGGCCUGGCAAAGUAGACUGAACUAGAGCUUUUCCUGGUGUAAGAUAUGGUUCCCUAAGCAGUGAUCUGGGUGUGAGUUUAAUUGUGAAAGUGAAAUGUGAGCAAGUGAAAGGAAAAGUUUUCACUGUACUUGGCUUUGGCCUGAGACACUGUGCAAGGAGGCUGCAGACUGAUGGGCAGGAAGUAAAGGGCUGUUUGGUCAAGGUCUUUCCAAUUCAUCAGUGAACAGCUGAAUUUACUCACACUGAAUUAAUUGGAGAGAUGAGAUGGGAGAAGUGGAAAGCUCAGAUGAUUAAACAGUGGAUGACUUCAGACCUUUCAGAAAAGCGCCCUCCUAGCUGGUGGUGAAGGGCCAUUGAGAGAGGUGGUCACCCAUGGUUUAAAAAGCAAGUUCAUCAUUCCAGAGUAUUGCAAAAAACAGCAUGAAGACUGGUAGCGGUGGGUCUGCAGUGACUGGAGGAGGAGGUGGCUGUACUCCCGGCAAUGUCCCUGCCAUCCAUGGCAGCCACCACCUUGGCUUCCCCUUAGGACAGAAAAAACAGCUGAUUGGAUAUUACAGAUGGGAUUGGCACAGGGGGGGAGAGCUAAAAUUAGGGAUGGUUAACAAGUUUUAGUCAGGGUUAUACACAGAAGGAUAAUCUCCUUUUCUCUCUCUGUUGAAUUUAUUUGCCGAGCUACAAAAAACACUUUCUAGCACCAGCUGCUUAAACUUGGGAGUUCAGCUCCAUGGCAAAUACCAUAGCUGCUGAAUUUUGGAUGGUACCAGACUCUGCAUUUCAUUAUCACUACAUUUCUUAUUGUGAUACAAUUUUAAAACAGCAUUUAAGAGAUGUCUGGUCCCAGAUGUUGACAGAUCUGGCCAGGGUUUUGCAUAUUGACAGCUGGAUUCACUAGCUGUUGAUAGCUAGUCUUUCAUAUUAACAUGUGUGAUGAACCUGUUGCAUAUGAGUAGAUGUUGUAGGGCCCUUGGAUUUCUCCGUCAGUUUAGGAAAAACCCCACAAAAUUUCACAUGAAGCUGGCUAAGCAUGAACUACUUCCUUGUGGGAGUUGCCCAUGUGCUUUGUAAAGCAGGGACCUUCAUUCAUCUCUUGAAAAGUGCUCUCCAGAGAGACAAAAAUGGGGACAUUUAAACAUUUUGCCUUGAGAAGGGCUUAUGUUGCAUUUUGGAAAUUGCAUGAAGGAGAAGAAUUGCUUUGCUUGAAAUCCCUCUUUCCUCACUGUCUCAGGUGGACAACAAGCUAUGAAACAAGUUGUUUCUUAGUAAGCUGCUGCAUCUUUCCAAGGUCUCUCCAUGCUGUGUUUUACUAGCAGAUCAACAUUAACCUGGCUCUAGCACCUAUAGAUCAGAAGACUGUCAGGAUGCAGCCUCCCACAGUUGGCUGAUCAACUCUGAUCUCUUCAUUUUUAAUGAAUAGUUGUAGCAGUUAUCCUGCAGGGCUCAGUCAGAAUUGUUCUAAAUUUAGGCCACAACUAAGGACCUGAGAGAACUGUAAUCAACAAGAUAAAUAGCUGAAUUCUCAAAAACCAACUAAAACACUGGCUUAGUGCUUAAUUAAAAUUUUAAUAUGCUUACAGAAAGUAAAAACCUAACCCAGAAUUUAACAGAAUUGCAGUCAGAGCAAUGAGGAGCUACAGUUGGAAUCCAGCAGCAUGGUAACUGGCAACCAAGAUGAAGACACAAAAAUCAAGCAAACAUCCCUUUUAAGAUUAUUUUAUUUCAUUGCAUAUGUUGUUCAGUCUGCUUGGCCUGUCCUGUUCAAUCAACCCAUGUGUGUAAGAAAAGACGCUGAACUGACUUGUUGAAGCCGUGUACCCUUCCUAGGCUGCAGCUGGGUUUGCCUCUUGUUGCAGACUCCCAAGUUAGCUCCAAAUUACUCCUUUCACUAGCAGUCAGCCCCCUCUGUCUCAUAUGCUGGUCUUUCCUCCCCACGAGUCACUCAGACUUCUCACAGAUGACUUUGCCACACCUCAGCACCUUGGUUAUUCCUCCUCUCAUGCAGCCUCCUUGUUGCCAGCAACAGUGUGUUUUCUUGGGAGUUGUCCUGGGUAAUGCUGCCCAAUUUUCCACAUCUAGAAAAGCUGCUCACCCACAGGAAUGCUGUGUCUGGGCGGAAACCACGCAGAGCCAAAUGUCUGGGUGGUUGGUAACAGGGCAUCUGCCCUGGCUUGCUUUGGCUCUGGCUUCUUGUCACAGCCUCGUAUGGCCUGACACAUCUUAUAUAGGCAAGUCAGUUCAGAGCACAGGGGUUAUCCAGAAUCUCCCUCUCAUCUAUCCUGUACCCAGUUAGCUGACCACAGUCAGCCCUUGUGUUGUGCCAAGUCAAGCCACAGAGACUUCUGGACUGAGACACGUCUGUUACCAGCCAUGGGGUGUCCAUUUGUGCUCUGUGGCCAUCCCAGUCUUGACCAGGGUGCUUUAAAAGCCAAUGUCAGUGUUUUGUUGAGAGAUCUGUGUUGCUACUGUGUAUUACCAUGUGCUGCCAGGCUUCAGCUUCUGAAUCUUCUGGUCAAGUAGCAGCAGUCUGUGUGCCUGGACAGGGCUGCUCCUCCUGACACAGGGACCUGUGCUGGUGCUGCUCACCCAUGGCGGGGCACUUUCUGCUCCUUCUUUGUCUGCUUGCCCAUCCCAACUGACCAAGUCUCAGGUAACUGGCAUCUCCCAGAUCUUGCAGUGUUAUAUACCUGCUCACAAAUGAAGUUUCUUCAAAUGGAAGUGAAUUUGCUUGAUUAGAGCUCUGACCACCCCCAUCUGCUUGGAGCUACUGGGAGCCUUUGUUUGGGCUCUUGCUCUGUUUAACCUGUGCAUCAAAACACUCUCCAGGUAGGCCUUCAUGCCUUCAUGCUGUCCUCACCAAAGAAAGAAAUCUCUCAAAGGUGUUGUGCCAAUAUGGAUUUUUCCUGCUCAAGGUAGAGGUGAAGCAGGCCAGCAGGAAUUCAUCAGGCACCAGGAGCUGCUGCCUUUGAAAAAGGCAAACUGCUGUCAAUCGCAGUGGCACCCCACAUGUGAGGCCAUGCAGUCCAGCUCCUGCUGUGCCCUCAGCAGAGGCCAGCGGAUGCUCAGAUGCCUCUCUGGGGGCUGCAGCUCCCAGCUCUGAGCGCUGACCAUCCCAUCUGUGUGCCAGUUGCAGGCUCUCUGUGCCAGCUUUGCUUCCUGACACUUUUUACAGCACAAAAUCUACACAGGAAAGAGAAGAAAGUUCACUCUUUCCCUAGAGUGUAUUUUAUUUGCUUCCCCCCCUCCUUUCUCGUUCAGUGUCAUUAGCCAGUGUCAUUAGCUGCCCUCCAGGGAUGGCCGAGGGAGCUGUGCAGUCCCAUCAUCUCAUCACUGCCUUGGAGCAAGGGACUCUCUUACUCUGCCCGCCCAUGAGCACUUUUCUGGAAGAUCUCCUAAAAUUCAGGUCCCCCACCUCUCCAAAGUGCACAUCCCUCACGAAACCAAGGAUUUGACAGAUUUUUAACCUUUGUGGGGAUUAGCCAGCAUGGGUAAUGUUUGCAUUUUACCCUUUGGUGUCUGCUGGUUGUGUAUUUACUUUUGGAGCUAAUAUCACUGUUUUUCUUUCCUUUUCCCCCUCAAAGGUUGUCCUGAGCACCUGCACUCUCUCUAUAAAAUAAAUAAAUGGCUUUGCCUGUUUGCAGGCAGGUGGUCCAUCCAUCUUCUGCCAAAACUUUGACAGUGACAUGAAGAAUCCUUCUGCACUAAUGGUGCCAGCAUAGUCCUUUACAUCCCUACUGGAGGAUUUCUUUGUUCCUUCUUUACACCGUCCUUUUUUGCAUGCUGGUUGUAACCAAAGGGCUCAUGCUCCAUUUCCCAAAGCCCACAGCACUCCUCAAGCUUCUGUAAUGCAGGCUCUGAGUUCCCUCUUCUGUUUGAGCUGAAAACUAUUAAAAGCCAUCGAGAGCUUCAUAACCAGCUGGGUUUUGUCUAGGAAAGUUCUUUUUUUUUUUUUCUAUAUUCACAUCCAUCACUCAUAGCUAUGCAGUGAAACACUGCUCAGUCUUCUGUCAACUCUCACUUUUCUGGAGAUGGUUGGGCUUUUAGCUUUUCCUUAAAAGCCUUACCUUUGAAGCCUAUGGUCCUAAAGCUGUCCAUUGUUCAGCAUCCCUUGAAGCCAGGGAUUUGGGCUCCUUCCUUUGGGUUUUUGCUUCAGUCUGCUCAACAUUUCUUAGCUGGUGACACUGUAUUACACCUUCUGGGGCCCACUGACCUACUGGGAUGAAAAUGAGCAGAGGAGUCAUCUCAGUGCCCCUAGACUGAACCUGUUCAUCUCUGAAAGUUUUGAGCCUCUUUUCAGCUUGUUAGGGAAGAGCAGGGACUUUUCCACAUAAAGGUAUGCUCUCAUGCUUAAUGCAUCCUUCUCUGGCUGGGAUGGGAUGCUGCCAGGUCAGAGCAGAUCUGCCACACACAGCACUUUGUGCUUGCUUUCCUUUGGCUCUUCAUUUCCUUGGGUUCAUCUGCUCUGGCCCCCUCCUUAGUGGGUCUCUCACAGUAGCCAUAGUCACUCCACGGGAGCUGUUGCCUCCAACAAUUUAUUUUACCAGCCUCAUGAUAUUACUUGUGGUGACACCAAUCAUGGGGUUUAUUUUGCCUUUUCAGUCUCCACUCUCCGCUGUUUUUCCACGUUUUUGCUGUGGUUUCUUUUGAUUCAGACUGUCAAGCUCUUGCCAGUUUUGUCUUCCUGCCUGUGGCUUCCUGUUAUCAAUGCUGUGCUUGGAGUCCAAGUGCCUUUCACGCCCCAGAUCUGCAAGCUAAGUAAACUUAGAAAAUCAUUAGGGUGGACUUUGACCACUCCUGUCUCCAUCAAAGAGUGGGAUUAAAUUAGAUCCCUUUGAUAAACUGAGCUGAUGGGCUAAUUUGGAUUGCACAUGUGGUAUUAUGAACCUCAUGAGGCUUAUGAUUAAAAGACAUAAGAGAACACAAUUAUUUAGAGAGCUACUGGGAGAUUGCUGUAGCUCACUAGUCACUUCUUUAUCAGAACAAAAGAAGAGCCCAAUUCUCCAGGGUGGCAGGCAGCUCCUGGGAAGUGUCCCUGAGUCUCUAAUUGCUGCGGGAGGCCAGAGUCAUGUUUUGAUGUGUGUGAUAACACUGUGGGGAUGGUGGUGGGGAAAAUGUUACUCUGACCAUUUCUGUCCCCAAGGCACUUGCUCCAGGAGUGAAACCUUUCGCACAGGUGGCUUAUCUCUUUUUACAGUUGCUUGGGUUUUUUUCCACCAUAAACUACAGUUGCCUUUGCAGCAAGAUAGAGCUCAGCUGGGUUUCUUGGCUGGACUUUAAUCAAAUCUUGACCUGCAUGGGGGGGUCAGUGCAACCUAGGCUGAUCCCCUGCAUCAAAUCUUCAAGCCUGGGCUGGAUCCUGACUCUACAGGAAAAGUUGUAUUAGCUUAGGCUGUGCAGCAAGCCCUGAAGAUGAGAAAUGUCUGACUGGACACAAAUACAAUUUUGCCUGUUUUUUUUCUCUCAGGGUCAGGUUACUGAGUCAAGGCUGGAUGGCAUAAUUGUAGCAGGGCUAUUCUUCUUUUGUUUUUUUUUUUUUUUUUUAAGGAACAUUCAUGCUGCAUUUUAAUUACAACAUUUAGAAUAUGUCCAAACAGCUUGAGCUCAAAUUGAUCUUGUUUUUCAGCUGAGAAGCUUUUCAUCUAUUAUUAUAAUAAAUGUGCAAUUGAUAAUAGUUUAGGUGCAAUACAGCAAAGCUUUGUGUUAUGCAUCAGCUCUGGAGGCUCAAAAUUUUCUUAUUAUCCAUUAUUGAUAUGACAGUUUACAAAUAUUUAACAGACAAAUUACCAGGUUUUUCUUGUUCCCUCUUAGUUUGCAGUCUCAGUCCUUUUGACAGCUGAAUUCAGGAUUAAUGAUGAUCUUGUUUAAGACAAUUGUUUGCUAGCAAACAGAUUUACUCUCUAAACCUACAAGUGCAGUAGAAGAACUAACACUGGCACUUUGAAUUAAAUCUCAUCCUCAAAGCAAAUUUUUUAGCUUUAUUCCCUCAGUUCUCCUAAGAAGAAAUCAGAUUUGCCUGGUAAAGCACUUAGGCCUGUUAUUAAUUUCUUAGUUUAUGUAGUCAUUUUAAAUACAGACAUAUGUAGUCAUUUUAAAUAUAGAUGCUUAACAUGAAGGGCUGGCAAAAGGAGUGUUUUUUCUCUCCCAGCCCUGAGCUUGCUGUGUCUGUUCAGACUUUAAAUGCUAUUAGGUCCCUUCUGAGACAAACAUGGGAGCAAAGAGACCCACCUUGAGCCUCCUUGGAAAAGAGAAAUCCAGAAGGACAUGCUGGAUUUUGUCCUCUGUAAAGUACUGGAGACAUCACAGGGAAACAUUUAGUCCAGGUCCUGAGACAGGUAAAAUACAUCCAUGCACUUCAGCAGCUUCCUCUCCAUUCAGUCCAGGUCUGAGCACAGGGUAAAGGGCACAGAAAGGGCUGAAGCACCAGUUUCUGCAUGGGAAGUUUGUUUCUGGUGUAGAUGGCUGCAGGUACAGCAAGGAGGGUACUACACCCCAUGGGAAAGCCCAAUGCAUUCCCUUGGGGAAUCAGGGGCAUCUUUUGGGAGAAAACACAGCACCAGACUAGAGACUGAAAGAAAGUGUGAAGCCUCUGGAGCACAUGCUGGGCACAGGGCCAUCCCUGUCCUGUGGUUUCUGACCGUGGCUUUGCACUCACAAUACAGGAAUUCACUGGUGUGUGGGCCUGGCUUUGGAGAUGAGAAGUGAAUUUGUUCUCAAGAAAAAUCACCCUUUGUUGGCAGAAAAUCUGUGAGUUGGGUUCCCCAAGGGCAUAGUGUUUGAAAAAUCACAGAUGAUUAUAAGAUAACACAUUUGAGGGUUUGUUUUGGUUUGGGGUGUGUUUUUUGUUUUUUGUUUGAUUGAGUUUGGUUUUGUGGAAGGUUUCUGUUUGUUUGUUUGUUUGUUUGUUUAUGUGCUUUUUGAAUAUGAGAAACUGAAUGCCACACAUAAAUUUCUCCACAACUGACCUGGCCACAAACUUUUUGUUUUAAUGUGAGAAAAUCUGAGGCUCUCCUUAAAAAAGGAGCCCCCUGCCUGAGUUCUGAAAUACCAAAUGUCACAUCAGCAAAAAUUACUAAAGUUGGCAACUCCAAGUGUAGCGUAUCAUAUUGAUCUUAAACAAUAAUAAGCCAAAUCAAACCAGACUUGAUGAAAGAGAAUAAAAGCAUGCAAGCACCACAGCUUGGCUUGAAA